AUGACCGAGACCCAAGGACCUUUGGACACCGUACCUGAGCAUAACUACCCGCCAUCGAUCACUCAAAACAAUUACUGGGCGGUCAAGGAAUUAAUCAAUCAAGUAGUGAGCGAGGACCAAGAGUAUGUAACUUGGAAGCUCAAGGAUGUACGAACAGGUGGGACCAUGAAUUCAUACUUGAACGAUUUUUUUGAUAAUCCUCAUUCGAGCAAUAGUGGGAAGAUCAAUAGAGAUGAGUCGCACAAUACCUUAGGGCGAAACAACGGCGUUGACGGUAAAAUAAAGAAGACAACUCAUAUCAAUUCUGUGCCGAAGAACCUCCGUUUUCCCAGGGAUAUUCACAAUGAACAGGUUGCUAAAUUACCUCAACCGAGAAUACUGGAUCAGUCGGAGCAAUUAAACCUUCUCUUGACCAACUUGGAUGAAGAACAAAUGAACAGAUUCGAGGUUUUCCGCAGAACCUCACUAGCGAAAAACAAUAUCAAAAAGAUCUCUGGUCUGGUUACCAACCAGACUGUUGCCGCUAACAUCAAUCUGUUAUUGGCUGGUGUUGGUAAGAUCUUUGUGGGUGAAAUCGUGGAGAAAGCUCAAGAUAUCAAGAAGCGGAAGCUGGCGUCUUUCAUGGCAUCCAAAUUUCGGGAGAAAAAGUUAGCAGCCUAUCGGCUAAAAAAAAGUCUCAAAAAGCUCACAUUGAUGGUCGAGAGCUCGGACGAAACGGUGGAAGACAGUGUAGAUGAGAAUGAGAGCGAUGUUUGUGAAGAUGAAGAUGACGAAAAACUCGUACGACAGACUGACAACUUCAACAAUAUAAUACGGUCUCGACUUAACUCGGAGGAGAAUCGAAUUGGUAUUAUCAAACAUUAUAAUAAAUUGGUAAAAUCUUUUAAUGCUCUAGAUGUGAGCGUCGAAAAGUACGCCAAUGGGCCACUCUUACCUGAGCACAUUCGAGAGGCAUGGAGACUCUAUCGGAUUGAGAAUGAUACAGUUCCCCAAGCCACAUGGAGAACACAAGGUGAAGGAAAUGGAUGGAUGUUCAGAUAA